CUUAAUCGAAUUAGUAACUACCCGAAAGAUUUUUAAUCGAGAAAAUGAAUAUUUCAUUUAGAGGAAAACGUAUAAUGGUAACUGGUGCUGAACGUGGAAUUGGACGAGAAAUUGUUAGACAAUUAGUUGCUUGUGAAGCUGAAGUAAUUGCUGUAAGUUUAAAUCUAUCCGAAUUAGAGAAAGUGAAAAAUGAGCAUCCAUCAAUUGAAAUAAUUUCUACCGAUUUAAGUAAUUGGACUCAAACGAAAAAUGCACUUAAAAAUGUAAGAAAUAUUGAUGGUCUUGUAAAUAAUGCUGGAAUUGCGAUAUUAGACAAUUUUUUAAAUGUUACUGAAAGCAGUUUUGAUUUAACGUUCAAUAUCAAUGUAAAAGCUGUUGUAAAUGUCUCACAAAUUGCUGCACAAGAUAUGAUUGAUCGUAAAUCAGGCGGGUCCAUUGUCAAUAUUAGUUCACAAGCAAGUAAAGUUGGAUUAAAGGACCAUACAGUUUAUUGUGGUUCAAAAAGUGCUGUCGAUGGGAUUACUAGAGUGAUGGCUUUAGAAUUAGGUCCACAUAAUAUCCGUGUCAAUUGUCUUAAUCCAACUGUUGUUAUGACUGAAUUGGGCCGAGCAGCUUGGUCAGAUCCUGUUAAAGCUGGUGAUAUGUUAAACAAAAUACCAUUGGGCAGAUUUUGUGAAAUUGAAGAUGUAGUUAAUGCAGUAUUAUUUUUGUUAUCUCAUAAAGCAACCAUGAUUAAUGGUGUUACUUUACCAGUUGAUGGUGGAUUUUUAGCUUGUUAAAAUUUAUUCAAUUUUUUCGAAAUAAAUAAACUAACAGCGACAA